UGAUUUUGUUAACAUGGCUUUGUAUGUUACAGUGUAGAAAGUUCUCAAACAAGAAUUCAGACACAGCUUCUUCAGAUCCAUCUGCAGUGGUAGAGUCAAAUAGAGGUGGAACCAGCUCAUCUGCAACCCCACUUGCAGCUGGACAGCAUUCAGCAAGGCAGUUUGGAAUGGAAGAAUUGGAGCAAGCAACAAGGAAUUUCAAUGAGAGCAAUCUCAUUGGAUGUGGAAAUUUUGGCCUUGUUUAUAAAGGAUUGCUAAGUGAUGGGACUGUUGUGGCUAUCAAAAGGCGUAGAGGUGCUCCGAAGCAAGAAUUUAUAGAUGAGGUGGCCUAUUUAUCACGAAUUUGGAACAGAACUUUGGUUACUCUACUAGGCUACUGCCAAGAAAACGGAUACCAAAUGCUGGUUUUCGAGUAUGUACCCAAUGGAAGCGUGUGUAACCAUUUGUACGAUACAGGAGAAGAUUCAAGAACAAAGCUAGAGUUCAAGCAAAGGCUAUCUAUUGCAAUUGGUGCAGCCAAGGGUUUAUGCCAUUUGCACAGCCUAUGCCCUCCUGCAUUGCACAAUAACUUUAAAACAGCUAACGUUUUGGUUGAUGAGAAUUUCAUUGCCAAAGUUGCAGAUGCAGGAGUGUCAAAACUACUCGAGAAAAUUGGCAAUGCAAAUCCAUCGAGUUCCAAUUUCAAUGUUUUUAAAGAUCCCGAGGUCGAACAAGUGGGUGUUUUCUCUAAAACAAGUGAUGUAUAUAGCUUCGGAGUGUUCCUAAUGGAGCUCAUCACAGGAAGGGAGGCUACUGAUAAGGAGGCCUUCGGAUCAAAUGAACGUGUACUUCAAUGGGUCCAAAUGCUUCUGAGUUCGAAGAAUUUAGUGGACCGUCGGCUGUCCGGGAGCUUCACUGCCGAGGGAAUGAGGGAUCUUAUAAUGUUGAUGCUAAAUUGCAUGAGGUUUCCAGGAAAAGAGAGACCACAAAUGGAAAAUGUUGUAUUGGAGCUUGAUCGAAUACACGAGCAGGAGAUUAGGCUCACAACAGUCACCGGUGAAAGUACUACUACCGUUACUCUAGGGAGCCAACUAUUUACAUGGUAGGAACUCAAGUAUUGGAUAGUACUAUACAGUACAGCAGACAAGAUUUAAAUAUCAUUUUCUUCUAUAAUCCUAUUCAAUAUGUUCCGGUCGAAGGUACCAAAUAUGCCCUACGCGCAUGAGAAAAUUGGAAGAAAGUGGAGUUGGUGUAAAUCAUAUUCAAGCUUAUCAGUAAGAAGGUUGUGAACUGCUGUGAUUAGAUGUAUUUUAUACAUAAUAUUUGAAAGGCCUAACAGACAAUAUUUUAGCUUAUUUUUAUUCUUUAAUAUUGUCUAACACCGCACAUUCCACUUUGCCAUGAACAAACAAUGAAAUGAAUCAAACAGUAUUAAUUGUUUA